AUGCUGUCAUUUCUAGCAAAAAGGGUUCCACGCACAAUAACUGCGAAUCAGAAUCUUGUGGUCUUCGAUGGGGGCCGGUCUUUCAUCGAGUUCAAGGCUCCGACCGACCGAUAUUUAGUGGUGAAUCGUUGGCCACCCAGCUCGAGUGACGCAAACAGGAACAUCGCUUUACAACCACCACUUCACUGGCAUCGUCACCAAACAGAAACAUUCCACGUUCUACACGGAACAGCCGAGUUCGUGUGCAACGGUCAUAAGAUAAUCAAGAAGGCGGGCGAUUUGAUCACCAUACCAGCCAAGGCGAUUCAUACUUUUCGCAAUAUUAGCGAGUCAGACGAAUUAUUGAUUGAAUUUGUCCUUGAGCCGAAGUGGCGAGAGCGAGAUGAGGCUUUUUUCCGAAACGUGCAAUCUUAUCGAGAUGAUUGUCGUAAAGCUGGCAUCCCACGGAGUUUACCGCAGGUCCUGCUUUUCAACUGGGUUGGUGGAGUUGUUCUUGCUCUUCCAGGACCUACCAUAAUUUCGAAACCUGUAGGUGUGGCCUUGAAUUUAUUCGGUGGGCUUGUUCUGGGUAAAUAUAUCUUGGGAUACAGGGAGUCUUAUCCCGAGUACUACAAAAUACGAGUCUAG